UCGUUUAUAAGCCAAAUAGUAGGAAUUCCCCUCUGCAAACAGUCGCAUCUUAUAACGGUGUGUUUUGAAUAGGCAACAUACAGUAUUGGUGGUGUAUAUCUGUUGGUAAUAAGGUUCCAAUCGUGUGUGUAAAUUUCUAUUAUUGUUAACCUAAGCCAACACUACGAGAUUAUUAAUCGCGUAAAUAUAGUGUUUAUUGAGCGACGGUUCGCGACGGAGCGUUCUUUUUACCCUAUUAUUUUCUUCGGUUUUGUGUUCACAUCCCACCCAAGGGUAGUGCAAACUCACAAGGAACCUAAGCUCUGGAACUCUAUUGACCGGCAGGAAAGUAAACUUGCAAAGUGAGAAAGUAAAUAACUCUAAUAUAAGUUGCGCCCAGUUGAUGUGAUUUGGAUCUCUCGUGUGAGGACGAAAGACCUAGUUAGGGGAACAAAGCCUACACUGUGUGUGCAGAUCUGGAACUAGGCUAAAGUGAAAAGUGUGAAGUCGAGAGGAUAUAGUGGAUGAGGAUAGUGUUUGAUGGUGUCUUAGGGCCGCACCUACUUAAACCCCCGCAACGGAGGUGGUGAGGCAAACCUGUUGCCCCGCAAAUAAACUAACUCACUGUACACAGCAUCCCAAAAAGGAUAUACCAUCCCAUAUAAACACAUCCAGUCGUGUCUUCAGCAUCCAAGAGGAGCAACUGGGUGGAUAUUGGGCAAAGUCACUGUGAGAGCAAAUAGUCCACAGGGUAGGUGGAAGCCCCUAAGUCAACCCAGACGAGCACUCCAUGUUAGUUGUUUGUGUUCUGAUAAUUAAAUGAGUUGUGCAUAUAAAAUUGUGUCUCAUCACACAUGGAGGAUUAACCCACAUACUGAGCUGGCUCAAAUCAUCUAGUAAUUGGUGAACAUCGCGCAGCCAAUUGAGUUGCACACAUAGCUGGUAAUAAAAAAGUGUUCAUUGGCCUCAGGGGCGAAAGAUGUGGAUUCAAGUGAACUGAGAAAGGUUUUCAUGUGCUCCAUUAGCUCCAAGACUGUGUAAAUAGCGAGCUUGAGUGACCAUCGGGGUGGAAAUAUGCAAAAGCUAUAUCCAGAAACGACUAAUUCAUCGAGUAUGGCAGGUGGCAACAUGAGUCCUAUGGGCGCUCCGACGUACUCCAUGAACACCAUGGGCAUGACAGUGGGCGGCAUGACGUCGGUGUCGCCGCAGAGCGGAAGCUUCGGGUCGAGCGUGCUGGGCUCCAGCGGCAUGACGACCAUGGGCGCAGCCAUGAACACGAUGGGUGGCAACUGCAUGACCCCCUCGGCCAUGGGGUACGGCUCCAUGGGCUCCCCGCUGAGCAACAUGGGCUCUUGCAUGAGCUCCGGCAUGGGCACCAUGGCGGCCAGCAUGGGCGGCUACACUUCCGUCGGCACAAUGGGCGCGGGCCGCGAGCUGGGCGACGCGCCCUCGCCCAACUCCUCCGUGCUGCAGCGAUCGAGGGUGGAGAAGCCGAGUUCCUACCGUCGAAGCUACACGCACGCCAAGCCGCCCUACAGCUACAUCAGCCUCAUCACCAUGGCGAUUCAGAACAACCCGCACAAGAUGCUGACACUGUCAGAGAUCUAUCAGUUCAUCAUGGACCUGUUCCCGUUCUAUCGGCAGAACCAGCAGCGCUGGCAGAACUCCAUCAGGCACUCGCUCAGCUUCAACGACUGCUUCGUGAAGGUGCCACGCACGCCCGACAAGCCUGGCAAGGGCUCCUUCUGGACCCUCCACCCGGACUCGGGGAACAUGUUCGAGAAUGGCUGCUACCUGAGGCGGCAGAAGCGAUUCAAGGAUGAGAAGAAGGAGCAGCUGCGGCAGAUCCACAAGAGCCCGUCGCAGAGUAUAGAGGCCACGAGUCCGGGCAAGAAGGAGGUCAUCCAGCACGAUGACCACCACCGAGACCACAAAACCGACCCCCAUAUGACGGCCAUGCUCACCUCAGCCCACGGAAAAGACGCCGAGACGCUGGCCUUGCUGCAUGCGGGCGCGGAACUGGGACUCGGACAGCACCCCCACGCCCAGCACCCCGGACCGCAUCAGCAGCUGCAGCAGGAGGAGCUGUCCGCGAUGGUGAACCGAUGCCACCCGUCCCUCCUCAGCGACUACCACUCCAUGCACCACCUGAAGCAGGAGCCCACGGGAUACACGCCCUCGAGCCACCCGUUCUCCAUCACCCGCCUCCUGCCCACCGAAUCGAAGGCCGACAUCAAGAUGUACGACAUGAGCCAGUACACGGGCUACAACGCCCUCAGUCCACUUCCGAACUCACACGCUGCCUUGGGACAGGAAUCCUACUACCAGAGUCUGGGAUACCACGCGCCGACCGGUACGACGAGCUUGUGACACCAGUAUCCGCUGGCCUAAGCUGUGAUCUAACUAGAACCAACUACAAUUAUCGAAUAGCCUGCAUUGCAGGUGGCUGGACCGAGUUCAAUGCGACACAUCGGAUGGAUGAGUGCUGUGGACUUUUUCAUGGGACACCGUCCACUCCAGUGACCCUGACCAGUCAACAGAUGAACACUCCCACUCGCUUUUUGGUGCCAUCUUCACAGCCAACAAUACUUUGUACAGAGACAAUUAGACAUAAGGCAAGGUAACUUUCGAAAUAAGCUACUCUCAUUAUUAUUGACUCCCGAAGGAGUUCUACUCUUUGUGUUUUCCUUGAUUUCACGAUAUGUGUCCGAUACGAUCUUACAUAGUGUGAAUCAGUGGUUCAUCGACAAUAUAUAUGGUUCAGAGUGAGAAUUGAUUCACAACUGCCGAUAGACUUGCAAUGUUACACCAUCAAGAUAAAAUUGAAUUUAAUGUCUUCAGAUUUACGGUAAAUCUUAUUUAGUUGAGUCGCGAAAUUGACUACCAAAAUACAACAAAGAGAAUGAUUUUACUGUGAAUCUCAUUCUCAUAUCUGGGCAUGUGUUAAUCAAGAGAUCAAUUCCACAGAAGAAGCAUCAAUUUAAAACAAUAGCCAGAAAUUUAUUGCAAUCAUCAAGUCAAUAUUCUCAAUGGACUCCUUGCAAACCGACCCGCCUGUCUGCGAAGACGGUGGACGGAAAAAGAACUAAACAAAUAAGGAGUUGCAUCAGUGAUUCAGAGAUUUUGCCGCUGGCAAUUGAUGGUUUUUGUACUGACAGUUUUGGUUAUUUCAUUUCUCUCAUUGCAAGAAAAGAAUAACAGAAAGGAGAUGUAAAAAAAAUUUAGCAGAACAUCGUGAAUAUUUAAUUAGUGAGAUACAAAAUGUGUUUACACGUGAAGAAUGCGACACAUUGAGUAUAGCGCUAUUAAAAUACGCGCCUUGUGAUGUUAAGAGACCGCAUUAUUCGUUCAUAUUUCCCAAUCUUUCUCUCACUCUAAAUUCUCGGCAUAUGACAAAAAAAAUAUAGCUUUUCAAAAAGUGGUACAAAUUUGUUUUUGAAUGGAUGCAAAACUAUUUAAAAAAAAUAUAUAAAUUGUAUAUUUUGAGAAAAAACUUUGAUAAAGAUCGAUUACAAAUUUAUGCUUAUUGAGAAUUCAUUUGCAAUACUAAAUAAAGUACAGAUUCUAAUGGCUUAAAUUGCAUGUUCCGCCAAAAAAAAACACGUUAACGUGUAAGUUCAAAGGAAUUACAAUUUUCUCACUCACCAAAAAAAAUGUGAUGAAGAAAAGUUGACGGAAGAGAAAUUUCGGCAUAAAAAUCUCAUUUAUCGAUUUAUUUUAGUACUGUAAUAAAUUCUAUUUUUCUACACAGUUUUCCACAUGGGAAAAAGAGCAGUAAAACGCAGAAAUUUUUUGCGCCCUGUUAUCACUAUCAAUAAGUCGAGUAUUUUAGUCAUAUCUUUAAUUGCAAUCUAAACAAAGGGUAUAUAUAAGUUCUUUUAUUCCUAGCAUAAUGUGGGUCACUACAUGAGACAGUGUCUAUUUGACGUUUUCUUUUUCUAUCAAUUCCACUGGAUAGUCUCUUUAUCGACCCACUGCAAUUCUAUUCCUCCUUCGCUAAAUAAUUUAUUUAUCAGACUCUAUAGCUGUUAGUGCAAUAAAUGUUCCCAGAAAGCAUGAGAGAGUAAAGGAAGAAUUCUAAUGGAGGAGAAAAGUCACGCAUAGCUUGCUCCUUUUCAUCUGAAAGUUACAUUUAUAGAUGGGGCAAUAAUGCCUGAGUAAUUAAGGUUUUCGAAGUCGAAAAAGUGCAUUUAACCUGAGAUGAAACUGAAUGAAAAAAAAAGAAAAAAUUUCAUAUUGAGAGAAAAAUCUACUGAAAAUACUAUACACUUUAAUUAUAGGAUGACGAAAUGAUAGACGACAAUGUGUGAGAAAUACUGUACAUUUGACUAUCUAGAAAUGAUAAGUGAGACGAAGUAAUAAAGCAUUAUUGAUAUAACAUAUAAAAAAAAGAAAAUCGUGAGAUGGAAAUGAUUUGAAGGAAAGUGAGUACAUAAGUUUAGAUUGUAAUUAGUAUCUAAAUAGCGCAUAGGGGAGAAAAACCAGAAGAGUAUAGAGAAUACAUUCAGAAAAUAUUACCCUAAUUAACUAUGGAUGAAGAAACAAAUGAAACAUCUACCAGUGUAAGAAAAUAAUGUAAAGAAUCACAUUUCAAAUAAGAGAAAAAGUAUAAUGUAAUAAUGUAUAAAUAUGGGAAAAUAUAUCUAUAAAUAGAUAUUAGAUAUUAUAAUUAAAUUAAUUGCAAGACAGAAAACAAUUUAUUCAAUUGAUUUCACUGAUGAAUUAAAGAGAGGGAGAGAAGAAGAAGAAAAAAAAACAAAAAAUUGAAGAGAAAGAAAAUAUUAAUUAGAUAUUAAUACUGUUUUGUCACGAAUAAUCUGAAAAGUAAUAAAAAUUUCAAUGUUCAAAUUUAACGGAUUUUACCUCAUUUUUCCUCCCUUUUGAGCAGUUUUAUGGAUAUUUUGAGGAGAGAGAAAAAAUCCUAUCAGUC